CUUCCUCAUCAGAACCGUUCAAUUUCUUUAAUGGCGAAACCAGCAACCCUCGUUCUCACCCUUUACCUUCUUUCCACCACCUUAGCUCUCUCAUACAACCCUGAGCUCGAGCAGUGCAAGCUGCAGUGCCAACAGCAACCCAGUCGUCACCAACAGACCCGAUGCCUGAGUUCGUGCGAAAAAAAAUAUUCACACGAUUCUGGUAAUGAUCUGAACAGAAAGGAUCCUGAACAGCAGCUGCAGCAAUGCCGGGAAGAAUGCCAACAGCGUCAACCCGGCGAGAGAGAGUGCCAGCAACGAUGCGAACAGCAAUACCAAGAACAAACAAGGCAAGGCCAUGGUGGUGGCGAUAAGCGUCGGGAAGAUCCGCAACAGCAGCUACAGCAAUGUAGAGAGCAGUGCAGGCAGCAACAGCAGCACCAAAGCGAAUGCGAGCAGCAGUGCGAACAGCAGUACAAAGAACAAGAAGAACAGGGCCGUGGUGGUGGCGAGAGUCGAGUGCCGCUGAAAAAAUGCAAGGAGCGGUGCCGAUAUCAGCCACAGCAGAUGGAAUGCGAGCAGCAGUGCGAGCAGCAGUACGGAGAGGAGACCCGACGUGAAGGGAGCCCAUGGAGUGAAAGUAGUGAAGAACAAGCACGGAAUAAUCCUUACUUCUUCGACGAACAGAGUUUUACGCAUCGAGUCAGGACUGAAGAAGGCAACGUUAGGGUUCUGAAGAGGUUUUCUAGACAGUCUGAGCUCCUGCGAGGAAUCGACAACUACCGACUGGCCAUUCUAGAUGCGAACCCUAAUACCUUCGUAAUACCCCACCAUUUUGAUGCUGAGGCUGUAUUCUAUGUAGUUAGAGGAAGAGGAACAAUCAAUUUACUGAGAAAGAACAACAAGGAGUCUUACAACAUUCGCAGAGGAGAUAUCCUUACAAUUCCUGCCGGGACUAUUGUCUUCUUGAUCAAUAAAGACAGCGACGAGAAGCUGUGUGUUGCCAAACUUCUCCUGCCCGUGUCUACACCCGGUCGCUACAGGGAAUUUUUUGGGGCUGGAGGUGAGGACCCUGAAUCGUUUUAUCGGAGCUUUAGCAAUGAUGUUCUUGAGGCUAUCUUCAAGAUUCCAAGGGAAAGGUUGGAGAGGCUGUUCGGUCAGCAGAGAAAGGGCGGGAUUAUCAGGGCUUCCCAAGAGCAGAUAAGGGCCAUAGAAAAACAUGCGUCCUCUUACAAGGGCAGUCGUAAGUGGCCGUUUGGAGAAUCGAUGGGGCCUUUCAACCUGCUGGACAAGAAGCCCACCCAUUCCAACAACUACGGUGAGUUGUACGAAGCUAAUGCCGACGACUACAAGCAGCUCCGAGAUAUUGACGUCCAAGUCUCUUAUGCUAACAUCAGCCGCGGAGGGAUGCAGCUGCCCUUCUACAACUCGAAGGCAGCAAAAGUGGUGUUGGUGGUGCAAGGAAGGGGCUACUUCGAGAUGGCGUGUCCUCACGUCUCGAGCCAGCGUCGCCAGAGCGAGCAAGGACGGGGGCAGCAACACGAAGAAGAAGAAGAAGAAGAAGAGCAGCAGCAUGAGGGUCCUGUACGGUACCAAAGAGUCCGUUCCCGCCUCUCGCCCAACACGGUCUUCAUCGUCCCAGCUAGUCAUCCAAUCGUGACCGUUGCUUCCCGUGACGAGAAUCUGCAGAUGCUUUGCUUUGAAGUAAAUGCUCGUGACAACCAGAAGUACUUUCUCGCAGGGAAGAAGAACAUACUGAGGCAGCUGGAGCGGGAAGAGGAGGAGCUCUCCUUCAAUGCACCUUCAAAAGAGGUAGAAGAGAUAUUCAAUGCUCAAGGGGAGGAUGCUUUCGCUCCUGGGCCGGAGCAAGAUCAAGAGACAGAUUUCUCCAGCUUCUAGUCGAAUGGUGGAGGAAGAGACAGAGAGAGAGAGAUCCAAUAUAAGUACGUAGAAAAGGAGUGUAUAAAUACCAAAUAAGAGUUUCCAUGACAUAGGAAGAAUAUAAACCUGCGGUUUUUC